GGAAAUUUUUGGUUCAGUAGUUUAUCAAAUAAUUUAUUAGUGUAUUAGCCGCUUUAGUGCACAUAUGUAUAAUGGCGAAUUUCAGUUAUUGACUGAAAAUCGUUCGAAAUGCUAAUAGUUUUCGCUGGACCGUCAAAACCUCAACAUGCGUGCUAAGCAUAACCUGUUUAAGCUCAUUUGGAUGCUGUUUUUUAUCAGCGAGAUCACAUCAAAAUUUGAAUUUACCAACUUGAAAUGCAAUUGUGUGGAUAAACUAUACUGCACAAUAGAUUAUUGCUAUCUGAAGUCGGUCAAUCGGAGCUACAAAUAUCUGUCCGGAAAACUUCACUUGCUACAACCUCCUAUUACCAACGUCAAGGUUAAUGCUGCACUAUACCAACGGUUAAAUGGGUACAAACCAUUUCUCUACAAUAUUACCCUCGAUGCCUGUAAACUAUUGAAUAAUCGAAAGUCUAAUCCAGUCGCUAAUUACUUGUUCGGCAUAUUUGAGAAGAGCUCCAAUUUGAACCAUUCAUGUCCCUACCAUCACGAUCUUAUUGUGGAUCAGCUGGCCACCAACGUCAUAGAUCAUCAUGUAUCAGCGGUUUUGCCCUUUCCGGAAGGCGACUACCUUUUGGAAUCACAUUGGUUCAUUGACAACAUCGAACGAGCUGUCUUCAAGGUCUAUGGAACUCUUUCAUAAAUUGUGAAAU